UGCACUUUGAAACAUUGAAACUCGUCUAUUUGACAAUUCAAUAUUUGGAAUGUGACAUUUUACAAGGAAAGUGUUGCCUAAAUUGUGUUGUGGUAUGCGCAAUCUUUUAAUUACUAUUUGUUUACUAAAAAUUAUAGAUACAUUUUAUCCGGCAGUUACAUGUAAGAAGGGAAAACUGAUGAUAAAAUGUUAUCUUUGUCGAUGAUAAGAGUAAUAAACAGGUGUAGUUAACCUGAAGUUCAUUCAAAUUUGUGCAGUGUUUGCGAGAACAAUGUCUAAGAAUUCCCUUCUGCGCAAUCGAUUCUACGACAGAUCGCCCGGCAAUGAAUUCUUCGACCACAAUCGCGAAAAAUCUAAAUUCCGCCGGCCUAUGCCGUACAUCAACUUUCUGGCGGUCUUUGUCCUGAUACUGGUCGUUUUCUUUUUGGUUAUCUUGAUAGAAAAACAGUUACCGACUGGUCUAAAGAUCGCCGAAGAAUCGAAAUAUCCCGACAGGUUCAUAGCGGAGCGCUCCUACAAUAUUUUGAAAAAUUUAACGAAAAUCGGACCACGACCGGCAGGAAGUUACGAAAACGAGGUGUUGGCUGUGAAUAUCCUCAAGCAGGAAGUCGAUAGCAUUAUCAAAGAGGCUGACGAGCACCACGUCAUACAGUUGGACAUCCAGAAGGCAUCGGGGGCGUUUACUUUGAAGUUCUUAGAUGGUAUGACGAAUGUUUAUCAGGAUAUACAAAACGUCGUCGUUAAAAUUGGAUCUGAGAAGGAAUCUCACCACAGUUUGUUGAUCAACUGCCACUUCGAUUCUGUUAUGGACAGCCCAGGUGCGAGUGAUGAUGGGGCAAGCUGCGCAGUCAUGCUGGAAAUAUUACGAGUUCUGUCGAAAUCAAACAAGAGGCUGAGGCACAAUAUCAUAUUUUUAUUCAAUGGAGCAGAGGAGAACUUUUUGCCUGCGUCCCACGGCUUUAUCACUCAACACAAGUGGGCUAAAGAGGUUAGAGCUUUCAUAAAUUUGGAAGCUUGUGGAGCUGGUGGAAGAGAGGUUCUCUUCCAAGCAGGCCCAAACCAUCCAUGGAUUUUGGAAACAUACUCAGAAGAAGUGCCUUAUCCAUAUGCUUCGUCAUUGGCUCAAGAAAUAUUUCAAAGCGGAGUGAUUCCUGGAGAUACUGAUUAUAGGAUAUUCAGGGAUUUUGGAAACCUAUCUGGGUUGGACUUCGCUUGGUCAGCCAAUGGAUAUGUCUACCAUACAAAAUUCGAUUCAAUAGAGCAAGUCCCUCUAGGUUCACUGCAGAGAACCGGAGAUAACAUAUUAGCUCUGGCCAAAGGGAUGGCUCAAGGCCACCAUCUUUCCAAUGUUGAAAAGUAUCGUGCUGGAAAUUUGGUGUUCUUUGAUUUUCUCGGAGCAUUCGUUAUACGUUGGCCCAUGUUGGUAGCUGAUAUUAUAAACAUAUCGUCUGUGAUAUUUUCAUUUUACUCAAUUUAUGGUAACACCAGGAGUGCUGAAAAAACUGAUGGCCUCACUAAAAGACAAUACUUUAGGAAACUAAUAGGAUGCAUGAUUGUUGUUUUUCUGUCUUGGCUCUUGUCAGUCAUAUCAACAGUAUUGAUAGCAACAUUCCUCAAUUGCCUGGGACGAACCAUGAGUUGGUAUGCCCGUCCUUUAUGGGUAUUCUUCUUGUAUGUGAUUCCAACGUUAAUCGUAUCGAUGGCAACUAUUUUAACGCAUGCCAAAGUGUAUAAUAAGGAUAUUGACUCUUCCCCUUGGACAUUGUUUCAAUUGUAUUAUGAUGCAUAUCAAACAAUUUGGACAGUAGUGUUGUUGAUGGGAGUUUUGAUAAGAUUGAGAUCGAGUUUUAUAGCUCUAAUUUGGGUGUUUGCUGCUGCUUUAGGAAACGUUCUUAAAUCGAUGUUGUUCAACCAAUGGAGAGAUUCCAAAUGGAUUUUCCUCCAUAUAUCAAUGAUGGGACUACCGUUUGUACAAUGCUUUUACUUAAUGAUAGGAGCCCUUUACCUGUUCAUACCAAUAAUGGGAAGAGCUGGGGCUGGCAGCCAUGCUGAAUAUCUCAUAGCGAUAAUGGUCACAUGUAUGUUCUCUACGCUAUUCACCUUUGUUGUACCACUAGGAUUACUUGUUAGAGGAAUAGAAAGGAUAUUCAGCCUCUUGACUGGCCUAUUUUUAUUGUCUCUGGCUAUAUUAAUACUCACGCCAUUAGGGUUUCCUUAUUCUGGCGAAGCAGGUGCUUUGGCUCCCCAAAGAUUUAUGAUUACGCAUACUCGUAGAACAUUCCAUGACAGUUCUGGCAACAUUACGAAAGAAAUGACUGGUUUCUGGAUAGCGGAUAUGGACAUCAAUAGCCCGCAUACAGUUGACAGACAUGUGCCAAACAUGAGAAAAGCUGAGCUCGUUACCCAAGAUUGUGUCGACCAUCUAUACUGUGGUUUGCCAUACAUAGUGCCUGUGAUGACUAUGAUAUGGAAGACACACUGGGUGGCAGGCCCUCCGCCAGUACUGCAGAAACCAGUAUUGAUGAAAGUAUUACAGAGAACGACUGUACGUGGUGGGGAGACAAUAACGAUACAAGCUGAAGGUCCACCCCACUUGGGAAUAAUAAUAUCACCAGUUCAAGGAGUUGAGCUAGAAAGUUGGAGCUUAAAAACAGAUGAGCUACUUGCUGGUCCUCUUUGGAAUGGGCGUAAAACAUAUUUUAUUUAUUAUGCACAUGGUUUAGAUGCUGUUCCCUUUGUGUUGUCUUUGAAUUUCAAGAUUCCUGAAGACCACAAAGGCCCUACAAUGGACUUGGCUAUAACUUCACACUACCUUUUUGGCCCCGGCAAGGCUUCUAAAGAAUUCCAGCAUUUUGUGGCUCAGUUUCCUUCCUGGACUACAGUUACUCAUUGGACAGCUUCCUAUGAAUCCUGGAUACUGUAGUAAUGUUCUGUAGUAUUUAUUAUAAGCAUGGUUGCAAUUGACUGAUUUUGACGAAUUCUAAGAGUCCGCGCGGCACAUUUGUGCCAAAGGGGCCAUGCUGCCUGAAUAUUAUUCAGACACUAUUGGCUAUAGCAUGUUUUCAAGUAUUCUCAAAGAAAGUGGGUCAAGUAUCUCUUUCCUGAAAGUUUUACAGAUUUGGUAAAGGGUUUAUGGUCUGGGCCAAUUGAAUACAUAUCACCAUCUUUACAUUUUUUCUGUUGGGUUUUGUUUUGAUUUCACCAACAAAAAAAUGUAAUAUUUGUCAUCUUAUUUUUCUUUAUGGUAAACUGCGUUUUUCUUCUCUAAGAGCCUAAAUUCAGUCGGGAAUAUCAUGAACCCAAAUUUGUGAAUGAUAUAUAGUUUAGUAGCUCAAUUCUUUGAAGCAAAUAUUUGAAUGAAAAUAUUUUUGUAUUUGAUUUAUGAAAAUCCCAUCCGUUAUAUUUAUAAUUUGUGAUUUACACUGUAUUCGUUGAAUGUGAUUUAGGUUCAUAGAUUUCAUUAACCAUUUCUUAUUAUUUUUUUAUGCAAGCAUUUUUAUCACUCUUUUAUCUGUUGAAGUGCAUUUCUCUAUUCCUGUGUGUGUCGUAUGUUUUAAAUGACGUACUAUUCUUGUAUUUAUGCAAACUUUUAACUGCAAUGUGAUUUACAUUACUUACUUCAAAUAUUUCUGUUAUAUUUAUGUUUAUGAAGAAAGGGGCAGUUGAAUAUUUCCGGUAUGCUCUUUGUGAGAAAAGUUUUAGAUAAAUGCAUAUAUUGGUAUUCAAUUGUGUACCUCUUUGUGUUCCUAUGCAAUUUUAUUAGUUUUUAGAAACAUAGUGCUUUAAGUUUGACUUCACCCAAUGCCAAAUAAUAAUGUGAGGUACUGUUUUUUUAUUUACCAAUAUUCAAAAAUCAGAAUGUGAUAGUAACAUUUCAUUAGGAUUAUUUUAGUGUUGAUUUACAAUUAAAUGUUGUUUUUCAUU